UGAUCUACCAAAGCUCCGGAUUUACUACAAUAUCUCGCUAAAGAAGACGGACGCGUCGUCACAUACCAACAGCGCUAACAAAAGUGAAGUUUUCCUUCUUUGAGAACAAGUAUCGGAUGACAUCUUGAAACAUUGCCGCUCUAGUGGUGACCACAGAUAACCUUUUACCGUCUAUGCAGAAAGAACCAGAAACUCCCCGGAUGAUAACGACAAGGCCUUCAGCAGAUGUCAACUUCCACGUGUAAAAGCACUCUACUAGCUUCUAUACCUAGCUAAUAACUAAGAUUAAACAAGCCAUGUUUGGUUCUUCGAGAUCUGGGGGUGUCAGAGGUGGCCAAGACCAAUUCAAUUGGGAUGAUGUUAAAACCGAUAAACACAGAGAGAACUACUUGGGGAAUUCUCUUAUGGCACCUGUUGGUCGAUGGCAGAAAGGAAAAGACCUGACAUGGUAUGCUAAAGAUAAAAAGAGUGGGGCUCCUCUAACCAAAGAACAGGAACUUGCUGCUGUAAGGGAGGCUGAAAAGGAGGCAAUGAUGGCAGCAUUGGGGCACAAGGUUGUGAAGAAACAACCAACUGGUCUUACUAAAGAGGACUUGGCAGACGUGUGCAAAAGAGAGGGGGGAGAUGGAGAUGAGAAGGAUGUGGAUCGAGUCUCUGGGCUUGGGAGCUCCAGUGUCGGGUCAAGAAAUAUGGUAUUCUCCCAACAAGAGAAAGAGGCAGCAAAGCUGGGACUCUCUGUCUUCACGCAUCAAAAAUCUGAUGGACCUCAAGUAGCCUCUUCAAAAAAGACUACAGACGGAACUCAGGAUCGAGACGAUUCAGAACAAAGGCAUGAGAGUCAAAAAAAGGGAAAAAAGGAGAAAAAGAAGAAAAAGGAGAAGAAGAAGAAAAAAGAGAAGAAGAAGCGCCACAGACGAGACUCAUCCUCCUCUAUCUCCAACUCAGACGAUGACUAUAAGAGGCGGAGAAAGGACCACCAUAGUCAUAAUCCAUCAUGGAGCAGUCAGAGUGGAGCCAGGCCCCAUGACAGCCAUUUAGGAAGGGGGGCAAAGGGCGAGUGCCCCCCCCACUCCCCUCCCAGCCGGCGACGCCAGCGGCGGCAUGACUCCGAGUCCUCGUCUGACGGGGGGUCUUGCCACCCUCACCGCAGUGCCAAGCGCAGGUCCCCCCCAGCAUCCCAAGCACAAUGCCUUCGGCGGCGCCAUGAUACGGACUCAGACGACUAAUGCCCGUGUCAACUUUACACACACACACACACACACACACACACACACACACACACACACCCUCCGUACUCUACUCACCAAUGUAGAAAUGCAGAGAGAAAGACUGCAACAAGAUGCUCUUAACUAUGCUCUUUCUCAGAGACAUACAGCAAGUCGGGCAAGUUGGCUUUAGCAAGUAGAAUACUUCAGAUUGGAGUCAUAGCAAAAUACACGGUCCAUCAAAAGGGUUUUCUUGUGCAUCAUUCAAAGAUCUACUACCCAUCAUGUCAACAUACAGACACUGUGGAAACGGCUAUGGUCAGGUGUGUAGUUAUCAGAUGUCACAGUGACCGAGCUCUGCCUCAUUGUGGCUGCUGAUGAGGUGAGAGGUCUUCACUGUGGCAGUAAAGUUGAGCAAAAAAGGAUGAAAGGCAGUAAAUGCAAGCCUCUGGGAAUGUUUAAUUGUGUAAUGUUUUUAUGUAGGACUACCACAGAUUGAAUAGGAAGUACAAUUUUUUUUUUUUUUUUUUUUUUUGACCUCAUAAAUCAAUUGUUAUACCAAAAUUGUAGAUGUGUAUUAAAAUCGGAAGGUUGGAAGCAUGCACCAGUUUUAGUUUGUCAUUCCAGUCUGUACCAGUCUGCACGUGGACAGUUGAGUUGCUACAGUUAGCACCCGUCCCAAAUGACAAACUGGCAUGAAGAGUAUACAUUUGUUUAUUAGUAACUAUGUUAUAUUAAGGUAGUUGUAGCAGUGUCCUUUCACACUGGAUUCUGUGAUGACUAGGUCACCAUCUCCAUUGACUUACUAGGUUCUACAGGCUCUGACAGACUGCACUGUGGGGCACAAUGCAAAACAUGACCUAUGAACUCAAGUUCAAACCAGACAGUAUCAUAAACAUUUGUCACUUUACUUUCAUGGAUUCUAAUGUAGGAUGAAGUGGAAAAAACUUUUGCAAAGUAUUAAGAGAUGCUAUCAUGGCAUCUGGGUGGAAAUGUGUUAAUUGGGCUACUCUACCUUGUACUGGCCCUCCCCUUAUUUAAUCAAUCUAGUGAGAGUUGUCCCUUUGUCCAGGCCAGAGUGCCGCUCCCUGGCUGGUGAGGCGGCACUGGAAUGCACUCCAAUGGUCAUAAUAGAGUGUAGUGUUUGCAUUUGCAUUGAGUCACUGUGAAAGGGGGCAUUCUGCUGGCUGGCACCUGGGGUUGCACUAAAAAAGAGCAAAGCACAGACAAAAGAGAGGGUGCAAAAAACCAGGCCGGUCCCUUUAUACAGCCCCAGUAGCACAGGAGCGCCACACACAAACCCAAGCUGAUGGAGCAGCGGGAGUGGGCGAGACAAAGACACCCUGUAAGAGAGAGAGAAAGAGAAGGAGCGCACCCCUCCUUUUCCCACCAUCAUACUCUCCUGCCAUGCGUUACGGGCUUGGCUGCAUUAUCCAUGGCACCCUAAUCAGGCCAAAGGAACGUUGUCCUAGAUUGGUUUCCCUCCCUCUUGUCCUCCCAGCACACCCCUGGCGACUGGGCCGGCCCCGCUGACCACACAGAGCCCAGCCAUUUCCAUUUGUCACUUAUUAAAAAAGCCUCUGUGAGCAGGGAGGUGUCUGUCGCCGGAGGUUGUUUAGGAGCCGGCCGGUGGGCGACAGGGUGUGUGAGUGAGGAUGGGAGCCAGCGGGAGGUGGAGGGCUCCAUGACACGACGCAGCGCAGCGGAGCUUACAUGAAGAGUCAUUCAGAAGAAAAGCCCCCAUGAGAACAAGGGGGAAGGCAGCCACAAUGGAGGUUGAGCCCAGCGAUGGCAGGGCACAGCCAGUGGGAGAAAACAUUAGCCUCAAAAAUAUUUUUUCUACAAAGCCCAAGUCCAGAUAAUUAGGAUCAGAGGAUGGCAGUCGUUUUCAGAUCCCCAGUGUGAAGUCCCAACUAUUUCCCAUAGAAUUGAUGGGGUUAUGUGACCACAUGGAAUGGCAGCAGAUGCUGUAUUAAUUCUUAAUUCUAUUCUGAUGUAAGCAAUGUCAGAAAUUAUACUUGUCAUAGUAAUUUAUAAGAUGUUUAUGUUAUUAGAAAUAUUUGGAUCUGGAUUUUAGAUAUCUAUUUGAUACAAGUAUGUGAUAAGCAAAUUGCAUCUGGCCUUUGUAAUAGACAGUACCACUGCAAGCUGUUCCACAUUGCCUUUAUUGCAAGUGAGAUCAUUGUAGAGCUAAUUGGGCAAUCACACACACACACACAUUGAAUGUUGCUGGCCUGAGAAUUUUCAGCACCCCUUUCCCUCAAAUGAGGUCAAAAGGUCCAAUAAAUAUUUCCAGUAAACUUUA